UUGGACGUCGAGAUCCCACCUCUUUUUCUCUUCCACUCCACUGCAUCCAUUCCGUCUGCUUCUGGGGCGGAUCUGUCGCCUUGUUUUGAACCACCCCAGCCUAUAAAGCGAGAGCCUGUGUGUUUCCAGUGUAGCCAAGUAGUCGGUGGGAUGACCGUGCCGCGCUGAGAAGCUCUCGGAAAUGUACCUGGCUUUAACCUUACUUCAAGCCAUCCCACUGCCCUCGACUCAACACCUCCCCCUCUCUAGUAGCCUUGACCCUGGGAGCUCCACACUGCACGAAGACUGGAUAGUUGUGUGAGACAACCCGGGCUGUAACGUGUUGGUGAGAGCAAAUGCUUUUCAGGCGGUUGCAACAAUGAAGUGCAUUCCCAUCCAGUUGGUCGCGUUGCUUUUGGGUUUGUGCAGAGCUCAAAGGCAGGUGCAGAUGCAGGAAGGACCCCUGAUCAGAUCGGAAGGAUACCACACAACCAUUUGGUGCAACGUAUCCGGGUAUUCCGGAACUACGGAGCAGAACUUUCAGUGGUCGAUCUACCUGCCUUCUGCCCCGACCCGACAAAUCCAGAUCAUCAGCACCAAAGAUCCUGACUAUCCCUACGCGGUGUACGGGAACAGGGUGCAGAAUAAGGAGGUGUACGUGGAGAGGAUUGACCGAGACUCGGCCCAGUUGCACAUUACCAACCUCAAGCUGGGAGAUGCCGGGGAAUAUGAAUGCCACACUCCCAACACCGAAUCCACCUACUGGGGAUCGUACAAUGCCAAGGGGAAUCUGACAGUUAUUCCAGAUACUCUCCGUGCAACAUCUGUAGCCCAGGAGCUGAAUAAAGUGGAGGGAGAUUCGCUGGAGCUGGUGUGCGAGGUCUCUGAGCAAACGCCGUACCACACGCACGUGGCCGUCACGUGGUAUCUCCAGAAGGCAGAUCAGAGUCUCAAGAUCAUCUCGCUGACCCGGGAUUUCAUCCUACGUCCCGGAGAGUCGUACAAGCAGAGGCAGACGUCGGGCGACGUCCGACUGGACAAAACUGGGGCCACGUCCUACAGACUCACCAUCUACAGACUUCAACCGUUUGACCAGGGGACCUUCUACUGUGAGGCCAGAGAGUGGAUUCAAGACCCAGAUAAAUCCUGGUACACCAUAGCCACCAAGCCCUCCGAUAGGACCACUGUCAACGUAAAAGCCUCCGAUAAGAACUUCAGUGUUCAUUUGGAGAAUGAAAAGAAAGUCUUCACGGUGGGAGAGAGCUUGGAGUUGAGGUGUGUCAUUGUGGCUCAGAAUAUACAGGACCGAUAUUUCUCAGAGUUGUGGAUUUAUAACGGCACGCAAAUCGUCAAUAUUGGCCGCAAUGCCGUGCCAACGGUCCAUGCUGACUACACAACCAGAGAGCGUUUGGGAUAUAUAAGGUUUGCAAAAGAGACUGAUACAACAUAUCUGCUGAAGAUCUACCACCUUCAGGUGGAAGAUAGUGGCAAGUAUCACUGUCGGGCCACUGAGCAUGAGAGGACGGUGACAGGAGAUUUCAUCGGCAGAGACACGAACAAAUCUACGAAACAUUUAAUAAUUGUGCUGCCUGCCAAGAGUAGUUUGAACGUGACUGUCACCAGUAACACCACCAAAGUUUUGGAGGGCGGCAUGCUUCAAUUUGUAUGCAAUGUUAAUUUGCCGAUCGGCAACCACAAUCGCCUCUCCAUCACCUGGCAGAUGAUCAACAAGCGGGGUCAGGCCAGUGACGUUAUCAGCCGGGAACAGGAUGGGACCCAAGUCAUUGACACAUCCUACCACAAGCGGGGGGCCAGCGGAGACCUCAGGCUGGUCAAACAAGGGCCGGGCUCCUUUGUGUUGCAGCUCCACAAUGCAGCAGUGUCGGAUGACGGAGAGUAUAUCUGCACCAUGGCCGAGUGGAUCUCAAGCGCGGCCAGAGAUUGGCAGCUGGUCGGGAAGCAAUCGGCCCGCAUCGGCGCAGUGGUUACUCCACUUGAGAGUGGUUUCAGCGUAACAGCAAUAACACGGACACCCUCGGUGACGUACGGUAAUGCGUUUGAACUCCAGUGCUUCAUCAGACCAAACUAUCCUUCCUGGGUGUCUGUAUCGUGGAGGUGGAAAUUCCAGUCAUCCCAAUCAGGCAACAUCUACGACAUGGUCACGUUUGCCCGCGACACGUCUAUCAUUUGGGGAGAUAAGGUCACAAAUUUUAAAAGCAAGACGAUGAUAACAAAGACGCCCAAUAACGUCCGGCUAACCGUCUCCCAGGCGAGUGAUUUGGAGGCGGGGAGAUACCAGUGCAUUGCAGAACUUUGGCAUCCGAAUCAGAUGGAACAGUGGGUGAGGAAAGCUGAAAAAUCGUCAAACAUCCUGGAGGUCAAGGUCAAACCGCCAGAGGCAAGACUAGAAGUCAGCCAACUAAAGCGAAACUUGGUGGUGACGGAGAAUGACAAUAUUCGCCUGAGCUGUGUCAUCACAAACCAAACCAGCACCGACUCUCAAUUUUCUGUCCAGUGGUACGUUCAACGCUCCCAAGAGGAAGCGGACAGGCUGAUUCUGAGAUCAAACCGGGAUUGCAUGUUCGAAUACGGCAACGAGUUGUUGGGGCACGAGAGGAUGGAGAGACUGCAGGCAGCAAAGACUUCCAGUGGCCAUUACACCUUGGUCAUACACAAGGCUGACGUCGAUGAUAGUGGCAAAUACUACUGCCUGGUGCAGGAAUGGCUGCUGAGUCCCAACAACAACUGGUAUAAAGUUGGAAUCAACAUGUCGGGAUUGACUUACGUCACCGUACAGCGACCAGAUAACAAUUUGCAGACAGUGAAGAUGGAAAGGGCAAUUUCCGUGCCAGAGAACGGUCAGAUUCGAUUGGAUUGCAAGAUCAGCAACCGAACCAACUUGGACUCCCAACUCUCAGUGGUGUGGUUUGCACAGAAUUCCCUGGAUACAGACAAAUAUCCCAUUUUCAGCCUGAACCGGAAUUCUGUUUUUCAGUAUGGUAGCUCAACGGACAACAUGAUGAGACUGAGGAAUAGACUGCAAUAUGAGAAACCUACCAACGAUUUGUACAGUUUGAUACUUCAGAAGGCCACCAUCUCUGACACUGGCAGCUACUACUGUUAUGUGGAGGAGUGGGCAGUCGAUCCCAAUAAUAUGUGGUACAAACUAGGAGAGGAUCAAUCUGGAUUAACGACUGUCACCGUACAGCAACCAGAAUUUAAAAUGCAAUUGGAUAAAACAGAAUUGAAUAUUACCGUCUCAGAGAAGGACCUGUUCCAGCUCAGCUGUAAUGUGACCCAACAAACUCAAGAUAACUCUCGAUUUGCUGUGUACUGGUUUGCUUGGAAGGUCAAAGAAGACAUUGAUGGGAUCGUCAAGGAGACGAUUCUGAAAGUUGAUCACAAUUCGGUAUUUGGUUUCGAUGCCUUGACGGACAGGGCUAAAAGCAUGAAGGACAGAUUGCAGUUCGAGAGGCCAUCCAACGGAUUGUACACUCUGACAAUACAUAAUUCAGGCAGAGGUGACACAGGGAAUUACUACUGCAACGUAGAGGAGUGGAUUCAAAAUGCCAACAACAUCUGGUACAAACUUGGAGAGGAUGAGUCUGGGCUGCUUACUGUCACUGUUCAAAGCAAAGGUUCAACCCUUCAUCAAGCAAUUUGUUCAAACGAUGCUCUGUUUUACUUCAUAUUCUUUUAUCCCUUUCCAAUUUUUGGGGUCCUACUUAUUGCCAUUUUACUUACACGCUACAAGACUCUAAACGCGCAGAAAAAGUCUGAUGCAAAGAAUGGUGUUCCGCUACUCUGGAUUAAAGAGCCAGCGGUAACUUAUUCCCCAACAAGUCUUGAGCCACCGGAUUUCAGAAUAGGACCAGGAAGCAUCGCGUAACAAAGGAAAAAGAGAAAAGAAUUUUGGACAAAUAAAUUGAUGUUCAACUGAGGUAAUAUUGAACUAAAGGUGAAUAUUCACCCCAAAAAAGAUGAUCAAAAUUUGAAAGCAACAUCCUCCAUCCCUUGUAUCAUGAAUGAAGAUCCUGAGGGUCAAUCGAUUGAGAAA